AUGUCAGCGACAGCAAACUUCCAGCAGGGCGAGAAAAUGAUCCCGCAGGCGGAGGGGCGGGAGGAUGCCUCGUAUCCCACGUCGACCAAGAAUUCAUCGUCGACACAGCUUCCGGAAGAUAUACAGACCGAGAGGAAAGGAAAUCCGAGCAAAGAGAGAAAGCGUGGUCGGAUAUGUGGAGGAUCUUUCUUAAAUGACCUUCGCGAAAAUGAGUUUGGUAGUACCGAGGACGGACCACUGAAGGAAGUCGACAUCGAUAUGCCACUCACGAAGACGGAAAUUAUGACCAAAGAUGGUCAGGAAUUUAUUGCCCUCAAGUUUACCGACGACGACAAGGAGGAUCCAUUCAAUUGGUCGGCUGCGAGGAAAGCUUGGAUUACCCUGCUGCUCUGUCUCAUGACACUGUUUAUCGGCCUCGCAACAACGGCAUACUCGAGCGGAAUCGGCUCCAUGGUUGAAGACUUGGAUACGUCAGAAGAGCUGGGACAACUCGGACUGUUCUGUUUCAACUUCGCUUGUGCUCUUGCGCCCCUGUUCCUGGCACCGUUCUGCGAGCUUGUUGGUCGGAGAAUCGUGUACAUAGGAGCUUACGCCCUCUUCUGCGCAGUGUUCAUUGGUCUCGCACUGGGUAAGAACAUUGCUACGAUUCUCGUCAUGCGAGUCCUUCAAGGUCUCUUCGGCUGUGUGGGAACGAUCCUCGUGGGCGGAACCUUCAGUGACAUCUAUCGACCCGACUACCGCGCGACGCCGAUGGCAUGCUUCGCCUAUGUCGCUAUUCUAGGGACUGUCGCCGCGCCUAUUUAUGCUGGCUUCGUCGUCGAAACGAUCGGAUGGCGGUGGAUGGAAGGAAUCCAAGGCAUGGCCAACCUCCCUCUACUCGCCAUCAUCUUCAUCUCCCUUCGCGAGACGCGCGGUGGGGUAACCCUCCACAAGAGAGCCAAAGCUCUUCGCGCCGCCACCGGUGAUGAGCGCUACCGCGCCCUCAUGGACCUCGAAGCCAAGAACCUCAAAGAGAUGCUUCACAACUCCUCCGUGAAAGCCGUCCACAUGCUUGCCACCGAGCCAGUCGUCUUCGCAUUCGGGUUAUGGAUCGCGUUCGCCUGGUUCGUGACCUUCCUCUUCCUGUCGGUCAUCCCCAUCACAUUCCAAGACAAGCGCGGAUGGUCCGAGGGAGUCUCCGGUCUCCCCUACAUCUCCCUCUGCAUCGGUGUCACCAUCGGCUUCGCCCUCAACUUCCUCCAGAUCCGCAAGUACAAAGCCCUCUUGCAAGCUCGGGACCGCAAGAUCCUCCCCGAGUCCCGGCUGUACGGGGCCAUGUACGGCGCUGGCUUCCUCCCCAUCGGGCUCUUCAUCUACUCCUUUACGCAGUACGGAUACCUCCCGUGGAUAGCGCCCACCAUCGCGCUGGCGCCCAUCGCCACGGGGAUCUUCUUCAUCUUCGAGUCGACGUACAGUUUCACGUCUGACUGCUACGGCGAGAACUCGUCGUCCGCCAUCGCCGGGCAGGGCUUGAUGCGAAACACGCUGGGAGGCUUGGCGCCUCUGUUUGCGUCCCAGUUCUUCAAGAGCGUGGGCAGCCAGUACGCGGGCUUGAUCCUCGCUAUGGCCGGGACGUUGCUGACGUUGAUCCCAUUCGUGAUGUUCAAGUAUGGGCAUCUGUUGAGGAAGCGUAGCAAGCUCGCGAGUUCGCAGUUGGGAGGCGAUGAGCAGAAAGAAAAAACGGGUCUCUACACGGCGCCAUUAGUGUGA